ACCUGACGGAAUCAAUAGUUACACAGUAUUUUACUGCUUUGUAUUUCCCGUUCGAAUGCACACAAAAUAAUAAUUUGGUCAUCAUUGCAUUAUGGAAUCAAACAUAUACAUAUAUUUAUCCAUGCGAGAUUUGACGUUCGAGUCAUGAUUGUAAGCGAAAUCUACUUGUUUUUCUGUAAUAAGGAAGAUUUUUUUAUUUGUGAGUGACACAAAAAUGACAACCAUAUCACAGGAAGAAGAAAACUAUGUCAGGUUGAGUUUGUUGUUGUCUGGGAUCUCCCCUCGUGCAGUACGGAAAUUGUUUGACAGUGAACUUGAUCCAUCUUGCCUAAAGACAUCUAUAAAGAAAAAUUACAACAAAUUAAAAAAUCUUCAAAGGAAAAGAAUAAUCAACCAAUCACAGUGGGAUCUUUUGUUUCCAUUUGAUGGUGAUCCAAAUUCAAAUAUGUUUGAUGUAACUUUGAUGAUUACAUUGCUUACAAAUCUUACACAAUUGAAUCAUUGCGAUAAGUUGCCAUUAGUAACAGACACAACACCAUCGGCUGAUCUAGCAAGGAUUAAGUACUACAGGAACCAUAUAUCACACAAUAAAGACGGAACUAUAAGCAGUUUAUUUUUCAGCACAUCGUGGAAUGAUGUCAUUGGGGCUGUUGGAAGACUAGGUGGUAAAAACAUGCUUGAUCGAUGUGAAAAGUUGCGAACAAAAAUUCUGGAACAGUCAACAGUACCAUGGAACAUAAGAGUUCAAAUAGAUUUGAUUUUGGAAGCAUGGAAGAUAAAUGAUACAAAAUUUGUUGCAACCAGAGCUGCCAAGCAUGUUUUUAAAUGUGUACAGGAAAACAAAUGUGUAACUAUAACUGCUAGUUCUGGAGUAGGAAAGACAGCCAUUUUACGACACGUGGCAUUGCAAAUGAAAGGAAUAGGAUAUGAUAUUCUACCUGUUACCAGUCCACAAGACAUUUUGAAGUUUUACAAUCCAAAUGAAAAAACUUUAUUUGUUAUUGAUGAUUUUUGUGGAACUUAUUCUAUGAACCAAUCUGACCUUGACAGUUGGGAAUCCGUCAUGGAACGGAUAGAAAUACUUAUCGAAAAUAAACUCACAAAAAUAUUUGUUGCAUGUCGAUUACAAGUGUAUCAAGAUGAACAAUUCAAAUCUUUAUUAAUUUUCAGAACAUGUGUAUGUAACCUGUUGUUGGAAGAUUUGUGUUUAUCACAAAAAGAGAAAAAGUCAAUUGCAGAACUAUAUCUUGAAACAGAAGCAUCAGAGAUUGUACAGUACUAUGAUUUAUAUGAUUGUUUUCCACUGCUCUGUAAUUUGUAUUAUGUUAAUUCUGAACUCAAUAUUACAGAUUUUUUCCAGAAUCCAUUCUCAGUAUAUGAAGCUGAGAUUGACAAGUUGCACACAAAAAGACAUUUUGGGAAAUAUUGUGCGUUAGCUCUGUGUGUAAUGUUUAACAAUGAACUGGAGGAGAAAUUGCUAAUGGGUGAGAUAGAAAUACAAACAAGAACGACUAUAGAGAAAACAUGUGAAGCCUGCAGACUGGCCAGAGGUACAUCACGUCUUAUGUUAUUGGAUGAACUAAAGUCACUUGAACAUACGUUCAUUAAGAAAGAACAUGGCGUAUUCAAAACUUUACAUGAUAAAAUAUUUGACUUUGUGGCGUUUUAUUUUGGACAAACAAUGACCGAGUGUUUGAUCAGGAAUGCAGACGAUGUUUUUCUUAGGCAGAGAUUCUUAUUUGAAAGAAAUGAUAAAAUGGCUGAGUUUACUAUUGUUUUACCACCUGAACUCCAUCAGUUGUACCUUAACAGAAUGAUAUAUGACUGGAAAAUAGGUCGAGUACAAGUAGUGUUUAAUAACAUCAAUAUGAAGAUACCAGAUUUUAGAAAGAAAUUCCUUUGUUUUUUAAAUAUGCUUGAUAUUACACUGCAGAGAAAAUUAGCGAGGAUCUGCGAUUUUAAUUUCAAAGACACUGCACUCCUGCAGUGUUGUCAUAAUAAUUAUCUCCCUUUGAUUCAGUGGUGUAUUUAUCAUGGUGUUGACGUUAACCAGUGUAAUAGUUUUGGUGUGAGUCCUUUGUUUGUAUCAGGACAAGAAGGACACACGGAAUUAGUAAAAUUAUUAAUGGAAAAGAAGGCAGAUAUAAAUAAGUGUGAUCAAAAUGGAGUAUCCCCUUUAUUAAUGGCUUGUCAAAGAAAUCACAAAGAUGUAGUAAAGUUAUUACUGGACAACAAGGCAGACAUUAAUAAGUGUAAAGAUGGUGGAAUAUUUCCUUUGCUAAUGGCGUGUCAGAUUAAUCAUAUAGAUAUAGUAAAGUUAUUGAUUGACAACAAGGCAGACAUUAAUAAUUGUGCAGAUAAUGAAUUAUCUCCUUUGCUUGUCGCUUGUGAACGUAAUAAUAAAGAGUAGUAAAUCUUUUGUUGAAAAACAAAGUAGAGAUAAAUAAGUGUACGCAUGAUGGACUCUCUUCUUUGUACAUAGCUUGUCGUAAUAAUUAUAUUGAAAUAGUUGAGUUUUUGCUUGAUAGCAAGGCAGACAUUAAUAA